AUGUCUUCUUUACUGGCCCUGCAGGAAGGCUUUAUUAUAAUUUCUGUGGCCAACAGGAAGUGGGAAGAGUGUGUUGCUAUGCAUGCAAUAGCAGUCAGCAGGACCACCAAAAUUGCAUCUUUCCAUGUAGGCGGUCAAACACUUCACAGUUGGGCCAGGAUUGGUGGUCAUUGUGAAAAUCUAGAAGAGAUGUGUGGGGAGAUCCAGAGAGACCCCAAGAAGAGGCAGUGUUGGCUUGAUGUGAAGGUUCUUCUGAUAGAUGGAAUUUCUAUGUUGUCAGCAUCCCUGUUUGACAAGCUUGCUCAAACAGCACAACACAUCUGA